AUGCAUCUCAAGACAGCGGGCUUGACACCAACACCAUCUGGCGCUCAAUGGUCACCGGAAAGCGUGGCUGUCGGGGCUUUUCCACAUGCCGCUGCUGUACAUGGCUGGAAUACUGAAUAUGGGUUUCACGCAUCUUGUGAUUCCGACUGGCGAGAUUCGUCUCUGAGUCCAACGCCUCCACAACCUGCCUUAUAUAAUAAUCUAUUUGUGCAGCCUGAGGAGGAAGUUUGGAAUACAUUCACAAAUCUCGGAUCCCCAGAUUCAUCGGCCUCUGAUACAUCGAGCCCGGGAGUACUUCUACCGGGUUUCAUUCAGCCUCUACCAAUGAUGAUGAACCCAGCAACGAUCGAGUAUCUUUAUGUGAAUGGGGUAUUCAGUUUACCGACUACGCAAUUGCAAAACGCGCUUCUGCAAGUAUUCAUCGACUGUGUACUUCCAACUAUGCCGAUCAUCGAUUGGCCUGCUUUUAUCAAUGCCAUCUGCAACCGCAAUAGCGACCACGGCUCUAUGAGCCUGUUUCUCUUCUACGCUAUCAUGGUCUCGGCGACUACCUUCGUGGACUUGGGUCAACUUCAAGAGGCUGGCUAUUCGACCCGACAAGAGGCCCAGGAAGCAUUCUAUACUAAAGCCAAGCUUCUAUACCAUGCUGAAUACGAGCCAAAUACCAUCACUGUAGUUCAGGCCCUGCUUUUCAUGACAUACAGACUCGAAACUGCGGAUGGCGAUGACAGCCGAUACUGGUGCUCGAUCGCAACCUCAACAGCACAAUCCAUCGGCCUAUUCCGAGACGUCGCAGGCGUGAAGAACGUCCGACUAAAUCCUAAAUUCUGGAAACGACUCGCCUGGACCUGUUACACAACCGACUGCCAGAUCGCACUCAGACUUCGAUGUCGCCCAAUAAUCCACAGCUCAACCUUCUGCCACCAAAUGCUGACCGAAGAUGACUUCGAACUUUAUAACCUCUCUCCCGAAGCGCUGGUCCAAGCUCUUGGAUAUCCAUUAUCGCACAACAUGAACGUCCAACAAGACCUAGCAUUAAUGUUCAUCGCCAACGCGACGCUCUGUGUAUCAAUAAGUGAAGUCCUCGACGUCCAAAGCAAAGGUCGCACACGCCAAGGCUCCUUCACAUCCGCAUCAUCCCCAAUAGUCACUGAACCAGCCGACCACAGCGCUCGGGUCUCGGCCGUUGAACUCAAAUUAGCAGAAUGGGCAAGCAAAUUCCCAUCAUCUAUCCAGACAUACUCAUUCGAAACAAACAAUAUCGACGAUGAAAAUACUCUAUCAUUACAACGAAACCUACUUCACAUGCAAUUCUAUACCACUAUCGCCGUUUUCUACCAAUCACAGCCACUACCUUCCUCCACAUUCUGCGUUCAAUACGCCGCGCAGCAAAUUACUCAGAUCGCAUCAGAUCUAUAUCAAAAGAAACUUCAUCGUCGAUUACCGAUCGUCGGUGUAACAGCUAUACUCGUUGCAUUGAUCAUCCAUAUCCCCGGAACAAAGAAAGCAGAUCCACAAGAAAGAGCACAGGCUUUUCAGAACUUUCAACUUGGCCUGGAGGCUAUGGCGGACCUGCAGGAUGUUUAUCAAGAGGCUAACCAGAUUAUGACAUGGGCUUUUAAGAUUUUGGAGAAUGUUGUUGAUGUACCGUUCUCUCAGGUUUCGCAGGGUGUUCAUAGUCCGCCGGAGCUUGGUUCUUGUUUGUCUAUGAGCGUGCCCCAGGUUAUGUGA